AUAAGCUGUACAGUAACGUGUUAGAGAAAUACUACAGGCCUCGUAUGCGGCCGCCGAUUUAUCAAUUUAUCUAUAGGCCUAUAUCUCUGUACACUGUAAUAUGUUGGCUGCUCUCACCUCAAAGGAUCGGAUGUGAAGAACAUAGCGAUGGAGGAUUUUGUUCGUGUGAAAUGUGACUGGAUAUGGUUGCUAACACUCCUUUGUUUAUGGGAUUCAUCCGAUGGACAGGUUGUGUACUCCGUGUCAGAGGAGGUGGAGAAGGGAACCGUGGUUGGAAAUAUAGCGAAGGAUCUGGGUCUUAAUAUCAAUGAACUGGAGUCGCGGAUGUUUCAGAUUGUGUCGGGUUCCAGCAGAAGAUAUUUUGAGGUAAAUUUGAAAAGUGGCGCAUUGUUUGUGAGUGAGAGAGUCGAUGGAGAGGAACUGUGUCCUGGCGCUCAGAAAUGUAGUUUAUUUUUAGAAGCCAUUAUUCACAAUCCUCUAAACCUUUAUCGUGUAGAAAUUAAUGUCUUAGACGUAAAUGACAACGCACCAUAUUUUCCACGGAAUAAGAUCGAGUUAAAUAUAUCAGAAAUUGCUAACCCAGGGGAAAAAAUCACAGUUGUUAUGGCAGAAGAUCCCGAUGUGGGCAGUAACUCGGUGAAAACAUACACGAUAAGCCAGAAUGAGCAUUUUAGUUUGGAUGUACAGAGCGGAGGAGAUCGCAGAGUGUCUGCUGUCUUAAUGCUACUGAAAGCACUGGACCGAGAGAAACAGGCCGUAAUACCGCUAGUAGUUACUGCUGUUGACGGCGGAAAGCCUCCCAGGUCGGGAACCCUGCAGAUCACCGUGAACGUGAUGGAUGUGAACGACAACACCCCAGCGUUUAGCAAGCCGUUGUAUAAGGUUAAACUAAAUGAGAAUGUUCAAUAUGGUACACCCAUAAUAACACUGAAAGCGACCGAUCCAGAUGAAGGAUUAAAUGGGCAAAUAAUUUACUCCAUGGUUGAGCACCAAAAUGUAAAUUUUGAUAUUUUAAGUAUCGAUCCUUAUACUGGUCAAAUAUCGGUGAAAGGGAGUAUUGAUUAUGAAGAA